AUGGAUGCUGGGCAGGGCAGCCCAGAGAGCCCCAACCGGGCAGUGGAGUACCUUUUGGAGCUCAACAACAUCAUCGAGAGCCAACAGAAGCUUUUGGAAACACAGCGGCGGCGCAUCGAAGAGCUGGAAGUACAGCUGGACCGACUCAGCCAGGAGAACAAGGACCUUCGGCUGGACCGACAGCCCUGCCCGCCUCCACCUCCACCUCCCAUCCACCCCACCCAGAUGGCCACACCCCAUGCUCCAGCAUCCACAAAAGUCUACUCCAAUAAGAGCCACAACAGUGGCCCCAUCCCAAUCCCCAUCCCAGCGCCAGCACCCCCGCCCCCACCUCCACCUGUACCGCCACGGGACCGCCGCGUCAAUGCCAAUGCACACACAAGGCUCGGCCAGAGCCUGUCAUCUGGACCCAAUGCCACAGAGCGAGAGAGGGAACGAGACAGGGAUAGAGAGAGAGAUGGCGCCGGUACCAGUUUGGGCAGCUCUCUACCGAGACCGUCAGAAGGGAACUCGUCCAACAAAGACAGGUCACCACCCUAUUCCACCUGUAGUACUUCUUCUCGUACCAAUUCUUCCACCUCCUCCACUGCUACUCCAGCUUCUACAUCUGUCCACAACAGUCUGACCGCAAACAGCCACUCCACCCACCACCAGUACUGCUGCCCCGCGCGGCUCCUUCUGCCCAAGCCGCCAUGCGCCCUCCCCCCUGCCCGGCACCCGGAGCAGGCAAGAGAGGAAGAUGACGACGACAUCGCCCAUCAGUUCUGUUGCCCCGCCUCUGAGUGCAGUAGCCCCUCUUCUAGGUAACCAGCAGACUUGUUGGCUCCAUCCCUGACCAAACCCCCAGAUUUGCCCUACCCACUCCA